AUGGGAGAGAUAGACCCAUCUUUUAUUCAAGACCAUCAACAAAGACCAAAACUCUCCAUCAUCGAAGCCAAAGGAAUUCCCGAAAUUGACCUCUCCCCAUUAUUCCACCACCAACUUCCAAAUCCAUCUGCUAUUGAAAGCUUAGUGAAAGAGAUUGGAAGUGCAUGCAAGGAGUGGGGAUUCUUUCAAGUCACAAACCAUGGUGUCCCUUUGAGUCUUAGGCAGAAACUCGACGAAGCUUCUAGAUUGUUCUUUGCUCAAAGUUUGGAGGAGAAGAAGAAGGUUGCAAGAGACGCAAUCACUCCAACUGGUUAUCAUGACACAGAACACACUAAAAACGUUAGAGACUGGAAAGAAGUGUUCGAUUUUCUUGCCAAAGAUCCUACUUUGGUUUCUCUAAAUUCCGAUGAAAACGAUGAUCGAGUUAUUCAAUGGACUAAUCCAUCUCCUCAAUACCCUCCACACUUCAGAGAUAUAAUUAAAGAGUACAUUGAAGAACUGGAAAACUUAGCAUAUAAGUUGCUGGAACUUAUAGCUUUGAGCUUAGGAGUUGAUGCAAAGAGGUUUGAAGGAUUCUUCAAAGAUCAAACUAGCGUGUUUAGGCUCAAUCACUAUCCUCCGUGUCCUUACCCUCACCUAGCUCUUGGCCUUGGAAGACACAAGGAUGCUGGAGCCAUAACCAUUCUUUCCCAAGAUGAAGUUCAAGGUCUUGAAGUGUUGCGUAAAUUCGAUCAAGAAUGGGUUCUUGUGAAACCGAAUCCGAAUGCUUACAUUAUUAACAUUGGUGAUCUCAUUCAGGUUUGGAGCAAUGAUUUGUACGAGAGUGUGGAACAUAGAGUUACCGUAAACUCUAAGAAAGAGAGAUUUUCAAAUCUCUUGGGUUUAUUUCCAUCACACUACACUGAAGUGAAGCCAUUGGAGGAACUGAUAAAUGAGGAAAACCCUUCAAAAUAUAGAGCUUUCAAGUGGGGCAAGUUUCUUGUUAAGAGAAAAAGUGGCAAUUUCAAGAAAAAAAAUGAAGAGAACAUCCAAAUUUAUGACUAUAGGAUUACUUAA